UGAUGUGUGAAGAAGUCCCUUGAACAGAAGAGAAGGGGAGCGGAGACUUGGAUCGAUCGUUUGUUUUGGAAAGCAACCGCAGAUGGCGUGUGUACCGUCAGGAGUGGGAACAGGAAGAGGAUACUUGACGAAGAUGAAGGAUUUAUCAGCGACGGCAUCUUUGAGUUUGAGAUCAUUGGAUUUAGGAGGAGGUAGGGGGAGGAGGAGGAUGAGAGGCGUGAUGGUGGCGAUGGCGGUGCAGGGUAAGUUCAAAGGGACGCAGAUGAGGGAGAAGCAGCUGACGGAGAUGAUUGAGAAGAAGGUGAUGGAAGCAAGGGAGGUUUGCGAGGGAGAUCCGAAGACGGACGAGUGCAAGGUGGCGUGGGACGAGGUGGAGGAGGUGAGCCAAGCCAAGGCCGAUCUUAGGCUCAAAUUGGAAAAGCACAAAGAUCCCCUCGAGUCAUUUUGUCGGGAGAAUCCGGAGACGGACGAGUGCCGAAUCUACGAGGAUUAAUUAUUCCAGAUUCCAGACUCCAGAUUCCAGAUUUCAGAAUUGAAAUCCACCAAAACUUGCUUGCUUCCUUCCCCGUCAUCGAGUGAUGCAUGGAUCCUGGUUAUUGCUGCAUCUGUAAUAUCUUGUUAGUGUAAAAGCAUCAGUUAACUGGUUGCCCAAAUAAUGUGUGUAAUAUUGAAAGUAUUAUUAUUAUUGUUUACUGUGGUGUUGAAUU